UUAUCGAUAACUAUAUCACAACAACAAAACACAAUGUAUUUAAUUACAAACCUGUUUCUCAUAUUUGUCUUAACAUUUUGGUCAUCAAUUCGCUGUGAUUUUGAUGAAGAAUAUGAACGUUUCUGCAAACGUCAGCCAGAAUUGGAUUCACUUCUUAUGCUUCCGGAUUCAUUGAUCUACUCGUUUACCGAUUUCUAUAUGUUUGACGUCUAUAUGGACGACUCGGAUAAUAGGUUGGCCCAGGAUAUGAGUUCCGCUGCAUCAAUGAAAGACUAUUUGCAGAUCAGUGUCUUCGGUAAUCAGUCGACCGAAGAGUAUAUAAAAAGUUCAUCGAUGGUCGACGGUAUUGUUGAAAUAGUAACACAGGACAGAGCUCGGCCAUCUAAGGGACCGGUAUUUUAUCGGUACACACGUAACAGUAUGCGGUCACCGGUAAAAUACUUUGAAUUGUUGGGUAAUAAAACUGCCAAAAAGGUCGCUAAAAGAGAUAUCAAUUUUUUUGUUAGACCCAGAUUUGGAUCCAUUGGGUCCAAUAGUUUGGGUAAAAUGUUUGAUUUUAAGCAGAAAUUAGAUGAUUACAAUCAGAUUGUCCAACAGUAUCCGUUUAUUAAGGACAUGUCAGCCGAUGAAAUCAGAUAUAUGACUGUCCACUACAUUAUGAUUAAUAAUCAAAAGUAUGCUAUGAUUUUCAGUAAAUCUGAUAACAGACAGCCAUUUGUUAGCCUUUAUGAUGAAAACGGCAAACGAUUGACACAAUUUCUAUUGAACACAACAGUAGUGGCGGCCAGUGUUAAGGGUGUCCGCAGAGGUCGCCGCCCGAGUAGCCGAAUAUUUACCACAUUUCUGUGUUUCGAUAAAAAUAUGUUUGCAUUGUUUGAUAUUACUGUCGUAACUGAACCCGAGUUUGUCAUCAGUGACAUUAAAAGGACUUCCAGUUAUAAGUCAAACCAGUUAUGGAUAGGUUGUCCACAGAGUCUAUGCUUAACCACAGUCAUCGAUGGUUAUGUGCCGAUCGGUGACACUGAAAAUCAUUAUAUAUUUAGCGGUAAUUACUACUGGAAAUGGCGGUCGGCAGGUGGUCACACACCCAACUAUAAUGAUGUCUUUCUACUAAAACCCGAUUUUCGUGAUAUGAGUUCGGCAUUCAGGGACAGCAAGUCGGGCACUGUAUAUAUAAUUAAAGAUAACUCCAUUAGAAAAUUUGAUAACAACUCCAGUAGCGGUUCAAAUGAUAAAAUAUCCGACAUUUUUCAAGGGUUUGACCAGAUUUUCGACACCAUUGUCUGUACUAAUGACACACAAGUUUGUCAUAUAUUUUCGGGUGACAAGUAUUUUGUAUAUAAUCGUGAGGACAGGGCUAUGCGUUUUAAACUGGCCGGACAGGUAUCGUUUGACAAAUUAGGUUUACCGCCAGCACUGGACUCGGUGUUUGUCGAUGAAAACGGCGAUAAGAUCUACAUUAAGAAAAACUACAUGUUUUGGACAGAAUACGGUAUAUUACGCAAACGUUAUGUUCAGCAACUGUUUGGCUGCGGUAUCAAAGACUAUCGGAACAUCUAUUCGUGGUCCGAGUUUGUUGCCGAUGCCGAUCGCGAAAGUAGAAUAGUGUUCAACGAGAGGCCAAUCGAUAUACCGAAGUUUAGUAACGAUGAUAAAAAUGUGGAUAAAAACAAUACUAUAUAUGUGACCGAAAGUGGAAAUAGUAAUACCAGUCCAACACAACAGUCUGCUUCAAAAUCUGCCGAUUUGUCCGAUACGAGUCAGUCUAUUAAUGUGCUCAUCAUCAUUAUGACUUUCCUAUUAGUGGCUCCAUUGAUAAUAUAUGUUUGUCUACUGUUGGUACCGGUAAAUGGUGGCAAUAAUUCAAGUAAAUCCAAAAAAUUUCUAUAA